AUGACUAAUAGUUAUAUUGGUCAUAAAAAUAGGGAUACUAUUGAUCAAACUCCUUCAUCUAAGUCUAUUAAAGACCAAAUUCUCCCUUCUAAACUUAAUAAAAAUAAUGAUAUCAUUAUAACAGACUCAAAUGAUGAUUCCACCACUAACACAAAUGAUCAAACUACUGACAACAAAAACUCUAACUCUAACAAAAAUUUACAACAAAAACUCUAA